AGCACCGUGAGAUGCUAGCGAGCUACGUUUGAAGUUGGUGUGGGUGUGCAUAUUGCUGGGAGACAGCCGCACAAGUGAAAGGGUGAUGGGUAGGAGUGGAAGUGAUUUAAAGUGAUCUUUUAACAAAUGGCUCUGUCCGAAGUGCACAAUUUGGCUGCGAUUAUCACCAACAAUGGUUUUACUGUUAGCAAGAAUAACGUGAUUGAAUGCAAUAUCAACAUGUUGGAACCACGAAACAAUUAUCCAGCUGACAGAUGUAACGCAGAAUAUAAUUAUUGGAACUAUGACUUAAUGGAGUGUAAUACACAAAAAAAUAUGAAUGUAGAAGAUGAAGAUAGUCAGGAUUUAAACAAUCCUAUGGUGAAUGAUUUAGUGUCAAAAAUUCUUGACGAUGAUUCAGUUGUCAGUGACAAUGCUCAGAAUAGUAGCUAUAGCGGAAAUAUUCAAUAUCAUUCGGAUAGUCAAUGUUGUAUCGUGGAGAAUAAAAUGGAAAAUAAAACAGACCCAAAUCUUACAAACAUAAAUCACUUUAAUAUUCAUACUACAUUUAACAAAUUGCACAACAAUAUUUCUAAUAAUGCUAAACUUGAAUGUAAUUACAACAAUCUUUGCGAAGAAAUUAAAACAUUGAGUCUGAACCGAUGCGCAGGACAAGUACUGGACGAAGGAAAUUUGUAUAGUAACGGGGUUAGCGCGUAUUCAAAUACGUAUUCAUCCGAUUCACAGUCAUACAUAUUACGUCCAAGCGACGAUACUUGUUGUAUAAACGGAAGUACCGGUAUGCCUUUGUGCAAUGAUUUGUUAACGACAACAAACGUGAGAAAUUCAAAUAAACAGGCUACUAACUGGUCAGAAAAUUUGUCAGCAUCAGGAUGUACAUCAGAUUUAUUUGGAAAUUAUCAAAGAAUUGAAAACUGCACAAACCCAGACCUUAAUUUUAACAUGGCUUUAACAUUGGCAUUAGAUUCUCCCGAUCCAGUUACUCUUAAUGAAAUAGAGUAUCACCAUAAUAUUGGACAAAAUGGAACUACCAACGCAUACAAUAAUCCUACACCUUCUAUGCACGAAUUAUAUAGUAUGACUGCCAAUAAUCAAAACUACAGACCAAGUUCGGCAAUGACUGAUUUAAGUAUCGACUCUGGGUUUCUUUCAAAUUCUCCGUUACAACAUUUUUCUCCAGCCGAUACGAAUUUGCAUAAUUGUUUUGGGAAUAAUAUACAGCAGCGCAGUAACGCCGGUGAUUAUAAAGAUUUACACGAUUCAAGUAGAUUAAGUAUGGGAAAUAUCUCAAUACCAAACGAACAACUUCAAUUUUUGCAACAACAAGCUCGUAGCUACAAAUUGAAUCAAGCUGUGGACCAAGAAUACAAGCAGUUGAUCGACUAUUAUCCAGGAGUAAGCGACUUCACCCCACCAUCGAUCAAUGGUUUAGACACAAACGAAAAUUGUCUUUCGAAUAACGAUUAUAGAAUCGAUAAUAACUUAUUAAAAAUUAUUAGUCCAAAAUCAAAGACUAUCGAGACUAAGACGUAUUCGCCAAUUGGGUUUCCAAAAAAUCUAAGUUCGCGUCACACGCAUCAGUCAAUUGCAAAAUAUGGAUAUCAUAAUUAUCAACAAUACACUGCCAACAACGGCGAGACUUUAAAAAUGCUACCACAGAGUUCCACAUCGUAUCAUGAUUUGAAACAGCCUAAUACGAAUACUAAUACCUAUAAAAUGGAAGGAUUUGAUCUUACCAAAGAGAUAGCUUCGUUUCCUUCUGUCAGUCAUUUGACCAAUCAAAUCGCAGCAGGCUCUUCAAUGAACAAGGAUACUUUCAACUAUCUUAUGAAACAACGACAUCAUAUGCCAAGAAUACAGAAUAGCCAUGGUAUACCAUCAGCCGAUGUCCUCUUCAAUUCAGGAGUAGUACCGAAUCCAAGUACAGUAAGAUCUGGUGUAUUCCCGCCAGUAAUGCCAGUUCCUGUACCGCUUCCAGUUCCACGUUUAUUUUCUGUACUCUACGGCGGAGGUUUAGGACUUAGAAACGGAAGUGGAGCAGCUAGACGUACAGCUCCUUCAAGUAUAUUACACUUUAGAUUGGAGCAAACUUACGAACAAUUUAAGCAGUUGGAAAAAGAACGAAAGAAAUGCGAAGCUGGAUUAGCUGCCCAUUUCCCUGGUAAAAGAGUAACAAGUGCAAACAACAUACCCAUUCCUCGCCUCCAAGGGAAUCCAUCGCGCGUAGAUCGUCUAAUUAUUGACUAUUUACGUGAACAUGCACGCGUCAUAACUUUGAUCGCAAAGAUGGAACGUUUACGAGGGACCACAAUGAAUCAACGCGUACAUAAGGCUAUGGAGUAUUGGUUGGAAGCAAUCAAAUUUGUCCAAGAAUGCCGUAAACGAGAGAUCGCAAAUGCUACCAAAAGACAGAAAGAAAAUCCCCCGUGCAUUCUUGUAUACAACGACAAUGAUAUAUUAACUCUGGCUGCCAGUGUCUAUGAACUAACGAAGGCCUCUCGAUACGCAAGAACGGGUAUGUAUAACGCAUUACAAGCCACGUUACUCUAUGAUUUGGAUAUAGAAAAAAAAGUCGUUGAAUCGUCUAAAGAUCCAGUCCUUGUGAUAAAACGCAAUGAAAGUCAGGUAGGAAGCAACGCCGGCGAUUAUUCAAAUUGUACCUAGCAAGAUUUUGAAAAUCGCUUCUCGAUUUUCUGUGACAAAACAUAAAAAUCGAGUCCAGUAGCUUUUUACUUGUACGUAUUUCGCGUUACGUUUCCAGAGAAGCUUACGCUGGCGUUUCUCAUAAUUUUAUCGCUAAAACAAAAGAUGCCGCCCACUUAAUAAUCUCGCGAGAUAUCAAAGCAUCGUUAUGGAAAGGAAAGGAAAGAAAGAUAAUGAAAAAAAAAGCAACAAAAAACCACAAAAAAAAAACAAAAAAAAAAAAGUACGCGUAUUCGCGCCGAAAUAGGAAAAAAUCGUAUGCGUGUCUACUUUUUACAAGUUAAUAGUGACUCCAUAGUUUUCUACUGUACAUAUUUUUAUCUCUACUAAUAGUACAGUGUUGGGGUGUCGGUUCUGGUAUCCAAAUACUUGUGAUCCAAUCGUCUUAUCAUCGUCUGUAUCGCAUUAAUCAAGUAAUAUUUUGCUUGUUCUUUGCUAAACAAAGACUACAAACGAAAGGAACAUACACAUAGACGGUUUGUUCCUUUUCAAUGAACAUGUUAUAUAUUUCUCUUGCGUGGUUCAUAAUGCCAAAGAUAAUCCCUUUAAAGAUUAAUUGAGGAUCCGAGACUCGUGAAGGGAGAACGAAGAAUAAGAUUGCUCAGAGAGACUUUACUGAUAAAUAUAUAAAAAGAAAAAAAGUAAAAAAAAAAAAACGUUCGCAAGAAUCUCCAACUAUUAUUCGUUUUGCGUAUGUGUUAUAGGAUAGAUUAUUAUUAUUACUAUUAUUAUAAGCUAAAUUUAACCGAUAUAUUUGUUCAGAGUGUUAGGCAAGUAAUUUCUUAGACUAGUUCAAUGUGGCCUUCCUUCAAUGUACGACCCAAGAUGUGUGUCAGAUAGUUGAAUACAUCUCGAGAAAAGAAAAAAAAAAGAAGACUCAGAUGCGAUAGCAAUCUUGAACGCAAAAAUCGGGUGAGCUUUUUUUUCUAACUUUGUCAAAUGAAAAUGUGGUGUAUUAACCGCCUUUGAACGGUAUAGAUACGUACCACAUAGACGUAUUAGAUAUAUACAAGGCAAAACAAUGUCCACUAUACUAACACAUAAAUCUUUGUUUAAAGAAAGAAAAAGCAAAAAAGAGAAUUUUCCUAACGCAUACUCGCUAUACAAAAGCGUGCUCUGGCGUAACGUUUACGCACAGCACAAUUACAUUUAAUGGUAACACUGAAAUUAUAAUGACAUUAUAUAGGUCCACAUACGUGUGUGUGUGUGUGUGUGUGUAUGUGGAUGUGUGUGUACAUAUAUAUAUAUAUAAAUUUUAACGUGCGUAAGCGAGACACACAUAACAAUAUUCCUACGUAAUAUAUAUACAUACGUUGAUAGGCAAAUUUGUUCAGCAUUUUCUCUUACUCGAUUUUGAGUAAACUGUAUCGAACAGGAUAACUAACAUACCUAGCUCAAGCGUUUGAACGUUUCUUCGACGCGGCACCAUUGUAUGAAAGUCGUUUUUCAUUUGAAAUAUCACGCUCGGUUCGGCAAGCUGUAGAUUCAAAGAAAGAUCGCUUUAAAAAACGGUGAUUAUUUCCGUAUUCCUAUGAAACUACAGGUAUAAUAUUCGCACAACGAUCAACAAGGUACGCUGCAUUGAAGCGAAAUCUUUAGCGUCCAAGGUGUAACACACUUUAAUUGCUUUUCGAAGGAGGUCUAAUUUUUUCUUCGUAUAAUCUGAUAAGGUGAAAUCUGACCGGCCUGUAUUAUCAAAAGCUUGGUUGGCGAAGCUUUAAUUAUAAUCAUCCGUGUAGGUAUAUAUCCGUCAACUUCCAUCUUAAGCUGAAAAUCGUAUCUAGUUGAUAAUAUCCCAUAAAUGGGGGAUAGAUGUGUUGAUUUUAUUCUCUAUAUUCGAUCUUGGGCAAGACAUUUUAGAGUAAAAAGUUAGCGAGAAAGUUGUCUUUGCCGUCAAUCUUGCUUCUGUACAGAAAAGUUUUAUAUAAUACAUUGAUUAAAAGAUUACACGUUUCUCUCUUGUUCUUUUCUAAAGUUAUUCUUCUCCUAAAGAUGAGAGAGAAACUUAUGGAUAAUGAAAUACUUGUAUCGCCGAAGUUAUAACUGUUGAAGAUGAAAUACUUGAUCGCAAAGACAACCGAUUAGAGAAAAAGUAGACGAUUACUAUCGACCACUAUCCAGUCUUGCUAAAAGUAAGAUACACAUACAGACUGUUAAUUCGCUUUUACAUAGCGCUUUAUAUAAUAAUAAUUAUCAUCGAGGACCAUGUCGAGCAUCGUCUCCGUGUAUAUCAGUCGUUUAUAUUAGGACUUGAUUUUCAACUCGAAAGAGCAUUUAUAUUUCUUCGCAAGCUCUCUCAUAUUUUUUCUUUUUCUUUUUCCUUAAUGCAACAGUUUCCUCUUCGUCUCUAAACACGAUUAAGUGAAUUUUAAUCGCGAGUACAUUGAAAAUUUGAAACGAGUUUACUCUUUUACAAUGGAGAAAGAAAAAAAGGAUUUCCUUUCGCAUUUGUUGUGUUGUGUUGUGUUGUAACUGUGAUAUACAUACGUAUAGAAAACGCGGCAGAUUUCGUUUUCGCUUUUCCUUUCGAUUAACAGUCUCUUCUUUCCCCGCAUUUCCGCUUUAUCUUUCUUCGACUGCUCUUUUAUUUAAGCUUUACAACUUCUGGAAUGAUGGAACAAUUCGCUAACAAACGAGUAGUACUUAGAACAAUUUAUCGUCAAUAUCGUGCAAUCAUCCGAAUUAUCUACAUCUACCCUCUAUUAUAGUGUUUAUUAACUGUCCAGAAGAAACACCAGGAGAAUGUAGUUUUACGUUAGUAGGGAAUUAUCAAACGAAUUAUCGUAGCUUUUCUUGGCAUUGCAAGAGAUCUUCAUCGAUAUAGAAAUCUUAGGAAACCAGUCCAACAUAUACAUAUGUGUAUAUGUAGAUAUUCGUAAAUAGCAAUGACUUUCUUGCAUGUACUUAAACACCAAGUAUCGAUAGUAAUGGAUAGUAUUUGCGUUUUUUCAUGCGGUUAACUUCCUUAUUUUUUUCUUCCUUUCUGAAAGGGUUGAAAUAGUAUUAUUAUAUAAUACAUAUGUACUCGUAUGUGCAUGUGCACGUAUCAAGUGAUUACCUCGUAUCGUGUUUAUCAUACACGCAGCAUCGUUAAGAAUAGGAACACUGUCUGCAUAGAUACGUGUCUGACAAUCCUAUUUAAAUUGCAUGUGAUAUUAUUAUAUUACUGGAUAGCUAAAUAUCUAUCACUUUAUGGACAUUGUGCGUUCACGCAAGAUGUUUCGUUAAUCGCGUUAGAAACUACUUUCUUUACACGUUCGACGUGAUAAUAAAAAAUCUUUCGGUAUAAUUAUUGAUGAAAAAUUUCGAUAUUACUUCUCGUACGAUUAAGUUUCAAGCAAAACAUAAGAAAAAUCAUAAUCCAUAUGACGUAGAGCUGGCAAAGUAAUUAGAAAGAAGGAUAGUAAUCGUUGUUAGAUCCCUUUGUUACUCAACUUUUCUGUGAUAACGAUUUCAUUUCUUUUUUCUUCAAUAAAACGAUGCUCACGUAUUAUGCAUUCAUCUUCGAACGUUUCGUUGGUAAUUGCUUUGAUUUAUCGUAAACAUGUUUGAAACGAGAUCGUCGUAUCCAGAUACGAAUAAAAGUUACUCGUGAAGCUACCAUUAUUUCAACACAGUUCACGUUUAUCGUUUUCUUUCAUCUGACACGUGUUGUGUCGUGACCGUGAAAGAUCAAUAGUAUGAAUAAUAAAAAGUAAUUCGAAUCGAUCGGUAACGACCUUUUUGCAUCGAAGAAUAAAAUAAUCGGUCUGCGAUUUCUCACGGAAUUUAAACCGGGGUUUGAGGGGAGACUGACGAUGGGACCGAAGGAACCGAGAAGACGAUUUCUUCUUCGUUUAUUAACAAUUUUUCAUGUUACAUUUAGUUGAAUAUAGCUGUCUAUUUCCGAUUUACCAGGGUGUUUCGAUGUUAUAGGCGCGAAUUCGAUCGGUUAAUAAAUAUCCAAGUAAAAAGAGUGGUUAGAUGAAAGAAAAAUAUUUUGCUUUAAAUUUUCUGUCUUUUCUUCCUCCAGUCUAUCGGACUGUUCAUUUUCUUCCUGUUUUUAGCGUGUAUAUAAUUAAAUCGGUAUGCCUGUGUAGAAUCGUGGACACUUUAGAACGGGUUCGAUUUCAAUUUGGAUGUUGGUCGAUGGAUCGGAAGAGGUUUUCUCAGAUUUUCGCGUAGCGUUUCGCCAUCAAACGCGUUCCUAUUCGUUUCAAUGACAAUUCCUGCUCGUGGAAUUGCUCGUGAAAUAUUAAUCGGGGCACGUUAUCGAUUUCCAAAGACUCGCUACGUGCUAAAUAAUAUAUCAUCCCAUAAUUAAUUUCAUUACCUUUUUCCUUCAAUUUUAUUUCUUUGCUAAAAUCUCAGAAAAAUUAAAACACUUGUAAAGGGUUAGUUAAUUGUGGGAUGAUUUGACAAAACCAAACGACGGAUAGCUUAUUUUUUUUAUAUACAUGUAUAUUAGAAAGAAAAUUUAGAAUUCAUAGGAGAAUUGUAGUUGAAUAGAGAUCUUCGGAUCCUGAUCGUAUAAUAGAAGGAUAUUAGUAUCGAUGUCAGUUAGGUAGAAUUCGUUGUAGAUGGAAAAUUAGACGAACAAAACGAGAUUGAUUAGUAGUUAAAAGGCUAUACUAUAUUACACGUACGUAUAUAUCUGUAUUAAAACAAGGCGAUUAAAAGCGCCCGAAAUGUAGAGUAUUCUGAUAAGAGAAAAGUAAUCUGUGAAUCUGAAAAAUUGCCGUUUCAAUGGCAUCGUUUAGAAUAAUAUUCUGUUUAGAAUGAAAAUUUUAGCAUUAGGCGCUGGCAAGAUGCAUUCUAUUUUUUUUUUCUUUUUCUUUUUCACGGCUCAAAAUCAUUAAAAGGAAAAGAACAUCGAAUAUCUAAUAAAUUGCAGCUUGAAAGUAAUUAUUUGUUAACGAUGUUAAUUAUUUUGAGCCAGUGUAUCUAUGCUGCACUGUCGACGAUACUCGACGAAAGAUUGCUAAUUAGUUGAAAUGUUAUAGUACAAUUUCUUAUUGUAAAUAUCUGAAACAACUUUCUCUGGACGUAUCUUUAAACAAUUAGAUGUUGAAGAUGAAAUUCUUAUGUGAUUCUUAUAUUUUUCUUUAUCUUCCCUUUUUACUUAUUGUAUUCUUUUUUACCAAUUAUAUUCAACUUUUAUUUUUCUUUUAACGAAAACAUAUGUGAUUUUGAGACACGAAUCGACAAUCUUGUUCCUAAAGUUUCUGGUUACUCGCUUUAGUUAAUUAAUUAUAUUAUUUUCGUUUAAACGAGUGCAUCUUGCUGGUAAAUCUGUUUCCCUGCUCGUUUAAAAGGAAAGAUUAGUUAAGGAAAAUUGUCGCAAUUUAUAUUAGAUGUAUUGAAAAGUAACGACAGUUUUCGUGUCACAAAUAUUGAUUAACGCUUUUAGCGAAAGUAGGAUCUCUGUCGAUCCUCAAUCAAAUUCAGCGAUCAAACGUCGCAACGAUCGAUACGCUUCGGUAUUGAGAAUAGAAAAAAGGCCGGCAUUGACCGAGGGAUUGAAGGCUAAAAAAUUCUCAGGGAAAGAAUGUAAACGAUAAAAACAAGCAGAAUUGGUCAGCCUGCUCGAUAUAUUCUUUCUGGAGGAUCUCGACAAUUGAAAAACUGUUUCACGCGCGCUUUGUUCUUACUUAAACUAAUUAUUAAACGCGAGUACAAUGACAAACGGUCUUCUCUUUGCGAUCUGUCAAAUUGAAUAUUUCGUUAGGCUCGAUAAAGUGGAUACGGUUUGAAAAAAUUGUCGCGAUCCCUGGUCGUUUCAAUUCGUUCGUACAAAGACAAUCGUUUUACGUUGCUUUCGAAAGUACACGCUCUGCUAAUUCAGAGUAAUGGGUCAACGAUGGUCGGAUAUUACGACGAUGAGAAGUAAACGAUAAUAAUAAUAAUAAAUUUAACAAAGAAAAAAAAAAAA